AUGGAUGAUUGCGGCGCUUGCUUUGGCUCCAAUCUCGCCAAAGACGACUGCAGCGUGUGCCACGGCAACAACACUUUGUGUGCCGGCUGCGACGGCCUUCCCAACUCGGGCCUUGAGCUGGACCCAUGCGGUCUGUGUGUGCCGGCUGGCACAAGCUUGUGCGCCCGGGCGCGGAUCAAGUCUGAGACCAAGAUGGUGACGCCCAUGGUGGCGGCGGCGAUGGGCUCGUCGCUUGUCAUUCUCUGCCUUCUCGUCCUCGCUGUUCUGCUCUACCUCUAUCGUGCGCGCAAGUCGGCAACAGUGGCAGCCCACCAGGCGGAAUUGACCAAGGCGGCGCCGACCGGCAACGUCUUUAUCGUCACCACCGACAUUGAGAGCUCGACCAUGCUGUGGGAGACUGAUCCGGCAGCCAUGAUCGACGUGCUCGAGACGCACAACGCCAUCAUGCGCGACACCAUGGCGGCGACCGGCGGCUACGAGUUUAAGACCGAGGGCGACGCGUUCUUUGUUGCCUACACCAACGUCGAGGACGUGAUCGCGUUCUGCGUUUACGUGCAGGAUGCGCUGAUGGCAACGGCGUGGCCGGCAUGGCUGAACGAGGCGCUGCCGACUGGGGAUCCCAGCGUGUGGAACGGGGUGCGAGUCCGGAUGGGUGUCCACGUCGGCCCCGCCUCACACACCUUUGAUGAGCGCGCAGCGCGGAUGCUCUACUUUGGGCGAGUGGUCAAGCUCGCCACACUAGUUACUGACUCUGGCGCUGGUGGGCAGAUCAUGGUCUCACGCCCGGUUGUCGACGCGCUCGCCGCGUCGCGGCAGCCGAGCGCCAAGCGCUCGCCGCGUGACGGCCCCAAAUCGCCGCGGGUCGACGUCAUCCUCACUCCGAUCGCCCGCCUCUCGUUCGACGGCAUCCACGAGACGUGCGAGGUGUGGGAGCUGUUGCCUUUGGAGCUGGCUGGACGCACCUCGGCGCUGACCGAGAGGCGGCUUUACAAGAAUGCCGAGGCCGUCGAGCUCCUCGAUCCAGAGGCUGACCAGGGUCUUGCAGAAGCAAUGCCGCGCGGCAUCCGCGCCGGUACACCAAUCGGGAUGCGGGCAGCAGUAGCGGCAGCAGCAGCAGUCUCGGCCGACGGUGAGCAAGGAGUGGCAAAUGCGACGACGCCACAGACCACCGCCAUCCCGCUCACGUACUCGAUCCACGACUCGGCCAAGACGUCGGUGGCGCUGGUAGCGCGGUUGACCGAGGCUGCGGCGCAACGGCGGUCGCCGGACCGAACCUUCCCUGUUGCGCGCUCGUCCUCGCGCUCGCGCACCCGCAACACAUUGGCUCGGUCCCGGACGCAGGGGCGAACAAUGACAAAAAUCCGCUCGGUGACCGCGUUCCGUUCGCGGGGCUCUGGCCUCAACAACUCGGUGUCCAAUGUGCUUGACCUGGAGCGUGAUCGCUCCAACUCGGUCUCGCGGGCCGAAUCGACGCGGUCCAACCCUGACUUGGAGUCGGGUGAAUCGCGAUCGGCCAUGUCGGUCAAAGACCGGGUGGCGAGCAUUCGUGAGCGGAUGGCAGUGCGGCGGUCGGUCUCGAUCUCCCACACUCGACGGACCUCGGGCUCGCGUAUUCGCCGCUUGUCGCAGCGCAGCUUGACUCAAGCCGCUUCUGAUGCCUUGUGGGCGUCUCCCACCUCGCACGAGUGCUCGCACAGCUCGGUUUUGUCCGAGACCGCCAGGUCGAUCGGCGACACGUCAGUCCAGGGCGUCGAGCUCGGCGACUUGUUGUCGGAAGACGGAUCGAGCAUGAUGUCGUGA